CGAAGUUUAUCACUUCGGUCCACUCCUUUCUUUGCGAACAUUACCACACUCGCGAGCUAUUAGCCCACGAGUUUCACUCUCCUUCCUUUGUUCGGCCUUUCACGUUUACACUCCUUUGCAACAACAACAUUGACCUUUUUUGGUAUUCUCGACGGCGGAGCUGUCACCAAAGUUUGGAGCACCCGGAACCUGUGUGUGGUCGGUUCAGGACACUCGCGCAUCCCAGUAGGCAUCGAGGAGCAUAGUCACCCUCCUGUUCCUCGAUAACCCCCCUCACAGGCUAGUCAUCCGACUCUCACCGUGCGGCGAGAGACUCGACAUUAUCCGGAUCCUUGACGGAUCGCUAGCGACAGCAGUGCUGCCUCUCCAGCUGGCUCUGAGUACUUGAACUCGGCUACUCGCCCGCCUCAAAGGAAACCAACCAAACAUUCAAGGCACAACAUCCCGACAAUGAAGUCUUCCAUCUUCCUUGCUGGUUGCGGCGCCAUUCUGGCGGCUGCGAGCCCCAUCCUUCAGGAUCGCAGACUCUACUUCGAGACGGACAUCGUCACCAAAUGGGUUACCGUUACGGUGACUGAGGGUGAUCAACCGACCAUCCUCCGUGUCCUCAACCGACCUCAUCGCACGAAGACAAUCACGCGGGCUGAACCUUCCACCACCUCUUCGCCACCGCCGCCUCCGCCGUCGACUUCUUCCCUCGUGGUCCAAGAUGACGACGUGCCAACAGCCACCAGCUCACCCAAGCCUCCCCCCACAACUUCUUCGGUCGUCGAGUCGCCAAAGCCCGUUGAACCUUCGCCUGAACCUGCUCCUGUCUCCUCUGAGCCGGCAUCUGCCCCCGCACCCUCCUCAACCAAGGAGGUGACUGUUCCGCAGCCCUCCGACUAUGCCAGCACCGCCGUCUACCAUCACAACGUCCACCGUUCCAACCAUUCUGCUAGCGCCCUUACCUGGAGCGACGAGCAUGCCGGGUACGCCAAGACCUUGGCUGAGAGAUGCGUCUUCGCCCAUGACACGAGCAUUGGCGGCGGUGGUUAUGGUCAGAACCUCGCCAUGUGGGGCUCUAGCGGCGACCCCGAAGCCGUUGGCGCCACCACAUCGGUCGCUCGUGCUAUUAGCGACGGUUGGUACAACGAUGAACUCGAAUUGUUCCCUGCCAGCGACUACGGAAAGGACAACCCGGACAUGUCCAACUUCGAGAAGUGGGGUCACUUUUCGCAGCUCGUCUGGAAGGGGACCGAGAAAGUGGGCUGCUACACCAACUUCUGCGCUCCUGGCACCCUGUCCAGCUAUGGCUCUUGGUACACCGUUUGCAACUACUACCCUGCCGGCAACGUGGCUGGCGCUUACGCUAAGAACGUCCUGCCCCCCGAGGGCCAAGCCGUCGUGAAGGCCGCCUAAGCGCAGCAGAGCGAAAGUCACAACGGGCGUCCAUCAGGACUUGAUCGUCUUUUGAUAUACAAGGCCCGAUUAGCAGCGGCGGCCAGUUAGUUUUCGCUUCUCCGUACUGUAUCUAUCUGUACACAUUUCUUAGGCCUCGACCAGAUCGAGAUUUCCCCAUUCUUUGAUUUUUCCUUCGCAUCCCUGCGCGAGCGACGUCCCUCCCCGAUGGAACCCGUCAGAGGAUGACGGUCUCAGCUCCACAGCCACCUGUACGACAAGUUAUCAGGCAGGAUAACGGCAUGAAUUUUCGGGGUAUACCACAGGUACCUCUGGGAUAUAACGAGGUACUUUUCUGGGACGCUUGCUUGCUUUUUCUUCUGGUGGGGACGUCCGUUUCGGUUCCGUCCGCUGCCUGUUCGUUUUCCGAACAUUUUUUGCCUCCUUUUUGUGUUCACUUCGGCUCCCUCGCGUUCCCUUCUUCCCCUCCAGCUAGCAUGAAGGGGCUGAUCACACGCUUUUAUAUUUGGCCGCCGCUGCCCUUUUGGCAGUAUGCGCUGCCUGCAUUUGUUUAUAGACGUGCAAAGUCAUGGAUUUCACUUGGAGUUUUGCGGUUUCG